CUGGGUUAAAGAAAUGCAAACCAGUAGAGCAAGUUAGACUGAAAAGAAAAAUUAUGGCUUAUUGUCUGUGCAAGUUCACCCACACGGCUCACUUGUAUCUCGUGCAGACCAGUGCACUGUCUCCAGAUCCCGACUUCAGGCAAGCGACUAAGUUGGAGGAGUUCAGAGAGAGAAGCCGCUUCACCAUGCUCAGACAUAAAAGAUAAAAAAGGUACCAUCCGGACCUGAAAGCAGAAGAUUCGCACCCAAACCCGGGCUUCUCGUAUACCCUUGAACAUGAGCACAGACAGCUUUGCAGAGUUCCUGAACAAGCUCAAGGAAAUCCAUGAGAAAGAGGUCCUCGGCCUGCAAACAAAGCUCGCAGAGCUGACAGCCCAGAAGUGUCGAGAUGCCCAGAGAAUCGAAGAGCUGUUUGCUAAAAACCACCAAUUACGGGAGCAACAGAAGGUCCUUAAAGAAAACAUCAAAGUUUUAGAAAACAGGUUGCGAGCUGGUCUCUGUGACAGAUGCAUGGUCACCCAGGAGCUGGCCAAAAAGAAGCAGGAUGAGUACGAGACCUCCCAUUUCCAGAGCCUCCAGCACAUCUUCGUUCUCACUAACGAAACGAACAGGCUGAAGGAGGAAAAUAAAACUCUGAAGGAAGAGCUGAAGCGGUUGCGAAGUCUGGACAGCGACAGGGCCAAGUGUCAGCGCUCCCUCUCCAGAGAAAGCAGCUCAACCCCUGACUCUCCCUUGGCUCUGCUCUCCCCCGGGAGCCGAAACGCCAGCACAGACAAGGCAGCUAGCAGAGAAGAGACCCACCAUGAACUACCCAGCCAGGAACUGGAAGAAGAGAAGUCUGCAAGACGGAGGAGUUCCCCAGGAAGCAGGAUUUCCCCAAGUGCCACUGUCCAAGAAGCCUCCGUUCCAGAAACCCCUUCCCAGAGGAUAGCAAACCAGCUGCAUGGGACCAUCGCCUUGGUGAGACCUGGAUCCCGGCCUUGCCCCCUUGGGAAAACCUCUGCCGAGACAGCAACGUCACCACCAGCAAGGAAGCCCCUGCUCUCACCAGAGCGCGAGCACAGCCCCAGCCUGGAGGUUUACUUGAGAGCAAACAAGCCGGAUUCCCACCAGGCAGCUUCUUCCUAUGAAGCGCUGAAGCUGACCGCACGGAAAGAGCAGCUCUGCCUCCUGAACCAGCACCUUUCCCUGCACCAGCUUGGACUCAGGAGCAAAUGCCCUGCCACCGACAGAAGCAACAGCUGCCCGAGCCCCCUGUUUCGGGCCAGGGAGGCAGAGGGCAGGACACGGGCGCAGGACGAGUGGGAGGAUCCUGCAGCUAUUUUCGAGCUGCCUGGGGCUGUGGUGUAUAUGAGGGAUCAGCACCUAGAAGGCCAGCUCCAGCUCUUCAAGCACAGGGAGAAGCUGCAGUGCUUCCUGACCCACCAGCGCCAGCGAGAGUUCAGGGAUCGCCGUCCAGCUGUUGUCCCGCCAGCGGACACGUGUCCGCCUUCCCCGCACCAGGGCACAGCCACAGGAGGCAAAGAGGAAGGGUCCUUACUGAAGCAUCCCUUGGAAGGGAGAGAAGAGAAACACCUUUGGUUAAAUAGGGACCACUUGGAGCAAAGGGAGAAGACAGAGGCAGCAAGAGACUGUGCCAUGGACACACCUCUGGACCUGUCCGAAUAUGGAAGAGGGAGGGAAAGCCUGAAGCCCACCCGCUGGCACCAGUCCCCCAAGCAGGGUGAAGCUCGCAGCCGAGGUCCCGAUCCUCAGAUGAGCGUGCUGCUGAGAGCAGGGGCUGAGAAAUCCCACCUUGCCUCCGGCCAGCGCCUGCCUGCCACCCCACCGCCUGUGACUCAUGAGUCUGAGCAGAUCAGUGCCAAAGAGGAGGAGGAGGAGAAGGAUAUGGCAGCCAGACUGGUCCCUUCCUCAUGCGGACAUCCCACUAGCAAGUCAGCAUCACGUGAGCCGGAGCUGGAUCCAGAGACCAGGAUAAGAACAUCUCUUACAGCACAAAAGCAAGAACCAGGCGCGCAGCCAGAGGACGAUGAAGUGGAGUCUGUAAAGCAGGAGUCUGAGAAGCAGGAGUCGGAUGAGCCAGACACGACGGACAGCGAGGUGGUGGCCGCGUCGGAGCAUGACCCCCACCAGGAAGCUCCUGCUGAAGAAGAGCAGUUCUGCACAAAGGACAAAGCUCAAGUUUUGCAAAAGAAAAGGAAAAGAGGGCAGGAUCCCCAAGCCAAAGCUGUGCAGUUAACGCCUGCGGUCAUCAUCUCAUUAGCAGAGUAUAAGAAGUCAGUGAGAGCGAGAAAGAAAGUCAAAGUGGCCCAGGCUCCAGCUGAUGCACCAGGAAUGACAAAGGAAACAAACAACAGCAGCCCGGCUUCCAGCAAUGAGGAACCGUAACAGAGAGCUGAACAAAAAUAUCAGCAUGGACGCUGUAGUCCUUGGACCAGGAGCCGAAGAUCCCAGCAUUUGACAUCCAGCUGUGAUAGUGUCUCCUUCUGUGACCAUAGGCAACUCACUGAACUGCCCUCCUCUGGCUUCCCCACCUGCAAAAUGGAAAUAAAGACUCUUCUAUAUCACAGGAGGGUCUGUGAGGACUAGUUCAGUGGGACUGGAAACCACUUUGCAGAUCGCUGUUCAGUGCCAAGCAUUAUCACUCUCUGAAUACACAGAUGGUGAUGCUGAAUACAGGUGAUGCUGUGUCCUGGCACUGAUGAGCCCCAUCAGGCAUCAUGGGCAACCUAAGUGGGUUGCUUUUCCAUGAGGCCUGCAAGACCAACAGCAGCAGAAACUCUUCAGGACACUAAAUGCUGGGCCCGGUACCUGCAGAUAUCACUGCGCGGAUGCAGCAGGUCUUCAAAGGGAGCGGGGAACAUGCUCUCUUGCUUCUCAGGUCUGCUAGUCCUGUGCUGGUGGAAAUACACAGCUGAGUGACAGCAGGCUGAAGGCUGGAAGACCCCACCACCCCUUCUGAUAGGACUCCCCAUCUCACUGGAGAACGGGACUUUACAGGCAACAUUAUACUGGGGACACCGGAGUCAGGGCAAGGAGGAAUGUGGAUUUUAGAGGAAGCAGCAGCAUCCCCUCGUGGCAUUUCACAGGAGGAGAAGCGCUUCGAGGGUUAAUAGGCUGGGGGUAACAGGUGCAGUUCCCCCACUUGUAACUGUCUGGGUUAGUUAUAGGGGGGGAAGCAGCAGGCCACAUGGAGCAACCCCUGCAGGGGGGCCUGGCUUUCCCCUGGAAUAAAUCCCGGCCAGGUCCAGUGCACGUGGCUCUGUUGUUUGAA